CGUGUCAACUUAUAGGUGUUGUCGUAGGCCUCCAACAGUCGCAGCCGUUCAUCGAUGGACACCAGUGUGUCAUAAAGAGGUUUCGAGAGCACCGGCUGUUGGAAAGAAUUGGAUGAACUGAGACAAGAAUUAUGCGAAACGAAAGCUAUAAACAAAAUAAAUGCCGAUAACUCGGAGACUAUUGAAAAUGAAACCAAAAAUGAUUCAAAACGGGAAAGUUUUUCGUCACAUAAUUCACACCCAAAUGAAAGGAAUUCGUUUGAAAUGUUGAGAACCAUUGAGAGGACACUCCCCACAGAAUCCAGUGAUAUAUUGAAACAAAAGUGCCGACAAUUGGCUUCAAAACACGAAGAGUGCCUUCAGUUGAGGAAAACGUGUCGUUACGCCGACAAACACUUCAAUUACAGUCCGAGUUAUUCGGUCAACAACCCGGCCCUCCGGUUCCUACGGCUAGUGCUGGCGGACACCUUGGUUAACCUCCGACUCUAUGACCUCCACCGCCAUAAGACGGUCAUCCGGGCGUGUAGGGCUCAGUGUCUGGACGGCUACCCAUUGCCCGCACCACCCGAUCAUAAUAGUCAGUCUCUCAGGAAAAGACAGGGCGUCGGUAUGUUUCGGUUCGUCACAGUGGACAAGGAGGCUGACGAGGGGUUAGGCCUUUCUAUUACGGGUGGUAAAGAGCAUGGAGUGCCUAUCAUUAUAUCGCAAAUACAUCCCAACACACCGGCCGCCAGAACCGGCGCCCUAUAUGUCGGCGACGCCAUCCUUAGUGUCAACUCUAUUGACUUAAGAGAUGCCAAACACGCGGACGCGGCCUAUGUUUUAGCGAAUCAGUCUGGCAAAUGUGUGUUAGAAGUGGUAUUCGUGGCGCCGGACGAGCACACGGAUGAAGAGGAGGAGUACGGUGUCAGUGGAUGCGGUGCCGGUGAUGAUGAGGGCAUCUCAGCCGGUGUGGCCAUUGGUAGUGGCAGUUAUCCGUAUUACGAUCACCGGGUGAUUGAUGUGCGCGCCAUGAAUGCCAUCGAAAGCUAUGCCAACGAUUACGAUAAUAGGGAUGCGAUUAACGACGGAACCGAUGGAUCCCUGGACGGCAGCGCCAGUCAGACCAAUGAGACGGUGGGCACCGGUGGCUCAGUGUCCUCAUCGCCCACUAAACGAUACCCAGGAGUGGCCAAAUUGAAGCCUUUAAUGAGCGCUAAUAGUGUUCGUGUGACUAAUGACGGCAAAUGUGAUGAUCGUUUGAGUGGAAAUACGCGAUCAUUAGAUGGUGUGGACAGUCAUCAUAAGAUCGAGACUCUCAUCCAUUAGCGUACGGAUGACUAUAUGACUAUUUAAUUGAUAUUUUAUUUAUUUAUGUUUUUAUGUGAUGAAGCAAUUCACGGUUUUUAUUAUUUAUGAUUUGAUGUAUUAUUAUAAUUAUAAAG